AUGAAUGACCCUGCCCUGUCCGGAGGCCUUCAGGGUCAGAGCACCUCCUCUCUGAGCUCAGAGAUCAAGUCUGAGGAUGAAGGAGACGAGAACCUCCUGCAGGACCAUAAGGACCCCAAGAAGGAGGACCUGGACAUCAAGGAUCUCAAAUCAGUCGAUAGCAACGCUGACGACGAGGACCUCUCCCCGGAGCAGAAGAUGGAGCGGGAGAAGGAGCGGAGGAUGGCCAACAACGCCCGCGAGCGUCUGCGCGUGCGGGACAUCAACGAGGCCUUCAAGGAGCUGGGCCGGAUGGUGCAGCUGCACCUGAAGAGCGACAAGCAGACCAAGCUCCUGAUCCUGCACCAGGCGGUGGCCGUGAUACUGAGCCUGGAGCAGCAAGUCAGAGAGCGUAACCUGAACCCCAAGGCGGCCUGCUGAAGCGGCGAGAGGAGGAGAAGGUAUCCGUGCCGACGGACGGAACACCCCUGUCGCUGGCAGCCGCCCACCACGCGGCGGUUGCCAUGGGCGACGGCUCCAACGCCAUGGGACAAAUGUCCAAGCUGCCAGAGUUCAUCAAGAUGAUGAGUGACCAUUUCCUCUGACGGCCUUCCCAUGUCCUGGCACUCGAUCGAAACCAUUGACCAACCUUUGACUCCUCGGCCUGGCCCCACCCCCUGCUCUUUCUUCUCAAAUCACGUUUCUCCUCCACCUUCUUUUGUUCUUCUCCAGACUGCGGCCGUGGUUGAACACAUCUCGGGGGAACCAAUCAGGAAGCUUAUUACAGGAGAGGGAUGAAAAAAGGAAAACUGUUACAAAAUGACAGCCGGAAAUUGACAGUUUGUGGGAGUUUGACAUGAAAAUACAUAAAUCCUGGUAAAGAGAACCCUACAACUCUUUUUCAGCAUUCCUUCUUUUAAGGAACAGUAACCGUUCUCAUCUAUGUAUAAAAAAAAAAAAAAGGAAAGGUGUUCAUGAGUUGAGCGUGGUCUGCUGAUGACAGAACAAGACAUAUCAUGAGACAAACAUACGGAGAGUCAGUCCGUCACUCCUGAAAGAGGCCAGGAGCCAUCCACUCAGAGAGAGGAGGAGAGGGGAGGAGAGGAGGUGGAGUAGGGAGGAGGGAGGUGAAGGAGGGAGGAUGAGGGAGGAGGAAGGAGGGGAGAAGAGAGGGGAGUAGGAGCAGCGAUUUCCAUCUACAUUACAUCUCUAAACAACCACCAAGAUGCAAAACCAAUCGGUGUGUGAGUCCUCUGCCCCGGCGUUGUGUUUUAUGAAACACAGAGUGUACGGCAGCGAGCCAGAAGACAUCCGCGACCCUGCUAGACAACUAUGGUUUUGAUAACGAUUGCAUUUCACAGGUAUUGGUCGAGGAAGUCUUGAUCAUACAUUCCCGUUUGAACGGUGCAGUUAAGGAAUAUAUUCGAUAUUUCAUUGUUUUCUUUUGUUUUUUGGUCUGGUCAGGGUAGACUGCUUGGAGAGACCAGAGAGACAGCCCUUUUCCCUGAGACCCUCCUCUUAUAGAGGACAGGAACACUUAUCAGCCAAUCAACCAAUCAGACAAUGUAAUAAUCAAGGGGAGACUCUCUUAGGAACCUCUCUAAAGAGUCCAUGCUGCACUGAGAAGCUCUCUUCAAUGUAAACACCGGUGUGUAGCAUCCUGAUGAGAUAAAGCAAGAUGUACUUUAUUAAUCCAGACGGUUCCUCCAUCCGUAAGGCGGUGACAAAAACACUAGGCUCCGAUCUGUCCAGUCCAACGUGGCGACAGAACAGUCCUCCUAUAUAUGGACAGGGAGCCACAUGCCCCAGGAGUCUGGUUCUGGUCUGUUGAAUGCCAGAGAGGGAUUGGCUAGUUGAUAAAUGUGGGCGUUCCCCAUGAAGAGGAGCGGUUGUGUUGUCCAUGUGUCCGUCACCAUCCUCGGGUCUCACUGUCGGUCUGGAAGAGCAACACGCUGAUCACUCCCGUUCCUUCCUACAUCUCCUAUCUGUUCCUGAUACGUCUACGUCUAAGUAUCCACAUCCUCUUUUUCCCUGGUUGGUUACGGUAGUUCUUAGGGUUGUCUGGCUGUCCCUGGUCUUUACCGGUCAGUACCGGUCAUAAGUGAUGAUUAAUGGUCACUAAUUGAUUACUGGUGACUACUGGGCCUCCCAGUGCCUCCUGGUGGUUGGGAGUAGAACAGCUGAAGAACGUGGACCACUGGUAUCACAUAAUCCCAAGAAGACCUCAUGCUCUUCCUGGGUCUGAUCUGUGAGACUGUUCUUCCUCUGGCCCCGCCUCUCUCUCUCUCCUCUCUCUCUCUCUCUCUCUCUCUCUCUCUCUCUCUCUCUCUCUCUCUCUCUCUCUCUCUCUCUCUCUCUCUCUCUCUCUCUCUCUCUCUCUCUCUCUCUCUCUCUCUCUCUCUCUGUGUCUCUCUCUCUCUCUCUCUCAGUCAGCCAGUCUAAUCAUUGACUGACCCAUUCCAGCACUACCAGCUGGCCAGGCUAGCCCUGUGAGUUACAGCCAACCCAUUAGACCGAGCCUAGCCUUAUGACCCUAUACUUUACUAGGCGCUCCAUAUUUCCUUGAGAACUCAUCCUAGCGUCGGCUUCCCCCUGGAGAUGCAAUCUGAACAUUCACACUCGUACCGAUGUGCCUUUCUAGAGUUCAUAUCAUUGAUACAGCAGAGAAGGACGUUUGGAGACCUGUUCUUCGUGGUUCGGUUCUAUGCAGUCGGGUUUUUUACCAGACCUGGGAAUUAAAAAAAUUAUAAAAAAAAAAAAAGUAUUUUUUUGGAUAAAAAAGAAGAAGAAAACAAACAUAAACUGUAAUUAAUGUACUCUAUGCUUGUAUGUAAUUAGACCAUGUGUUCUGGCUCCCAGCCAAUCGGACAGAUGCUUUGGUGAAGCCCCUCCCCCGCUGUCAUGCGUCCUACUUUAACGCCGAUCCAACGCAACCAAUCACAGCCCUUUACCCACUAUCUCCUCCAUAUUAAGUUGCCGUUUCCAUGGUGAUCGAAGCGAUAGUUCUUGUAUUAUAGCUUAUCAGCUUUCUAUCAAUAUUUGAUCGGCUUGUCCGUGAGCCAAUGUAGUCUUGAGUACAAAACGUGUAGUUGUUUAUUGUAAAACAGACUUUUUGUCGGUUUAGCUCUUUUUUAAAGAAAAAAAAAAGUCUCUUAUUGCUUUUUGUCCGUUCCGAUUUCUCUGUCAGAAAUAGAAUUGAAAAAUAAAAAAAUGAAAUGGAUCAAAGGCUUGCUAGGUCAUGCUUAAAAACCUUCUCGGUCGACAGGAAGACAUGGAAACUGGAAAAUAAUCUAUUGAAAAUUGAAAAUCCAUCUAUAUAAAUGUACAAAAAUAUAUACGCUAUAUAAGGAGGGAGCCAUUUUGUUGGUGAAGGAUGUUUUCCAAGACUGAAAUGGUGGCAAAGUUGGGAGAGGCCCCUCAUUGGCCCCUUGCUGGUCAAACUUUCUAACAGACGUUUCCCAUGACUGUGUUCCUGGAUGUUGGCCCUGACAACACUUUGAGACUGGUAUGGCAGCCUGCAAGGGACAAACUGGGAACAGCGCCACUCUGCUCCUAUCACGGCUCAGCGUGCCACGGGACAACACGGACAUUUGUAAAUUGUAUGCAACAAAUGGCAAUCUUACCAUUAUUUUGAAAUUGUGUAUGUAAAAGUUAUAUUUUUACAUGUAGACUGUUGUUAUUUUGUGUUUAGAAAUAUGUUGUAUCAGUUUUUGUUAAAAUAUGAACCAGUAAAUUCAGUGUGUGUAUGAAAAAUGUGUCACAUUGAAAAUGUAGUGAGGUCCAAAUUCCCUGAAUAUUAUUUUUUCUCUCAAUAUUAUGUUCAUAUCUGGGUGGACAUUUUUCACAGUUCCUCAGAAGCAUUGGAAAUCGAAAUGGUAUAUAAUAUUCUGUUUAUUAUCCAUAACCAUAACAUGACCAUUUUAAUAGUAUUUUUUGUAUGUAAAUAGCCAUAAAUCACAGGUCUUUGUGUUCAUUUUGGGGGGGGGGGGGGCUGAUGAUGUUGAUGAUGAUGAUGAUGAUGAUGAUGAUGAUGAUGAUGAUGAUGAUGACAAAGGUGUUAAACAUAUUUUUUCCUCCUUUUUUUCUCAUUAUUUUUGUUAAGGCUUUGUCUGAUAGUAAUAAUCGGGUGCAAAUUUGGUUGAGCUCGGUAGCACAGUGUUAAGUCCCCCAUGUGUAACUCUACCAUUUGACUAGGCUAAACCUUCGCCUACUAUCGGAGUAGGAACGCAAGAUACAGCUUUGAGAAUAAUAUGUAAAUGUUUUGUAAAGAUCAGUUGUAAGCAUUACAUAGGCCUAUAUAAAAGAUAAAUUCCUCUGCGAGCAAUCUUUUUAGCUAUUUCCCCCAAAAAUAUUGGAUUAUGUGCAAGGCAGAUUCAGUCAAUGUAGUUUUUUGUGUUCACCGUUAAAAUUGAGCUUUUUAGAAUUGGAUUGGACCUAGGAGGGCAUCAGUCACCGUCUUUAUGAAUUUUUCGGAUGAAUUUAUUUUCACAAGGCUUUAUUUGAAAUCUUUUCUCUGUUUGAUGUAAUCGAGCAACAAGAGAUGUUUUCCAGAGUAAUACUGUUUUCUAUAUUAUACUCCUGUUGUUUCCACUACAA